GGGCGAUAAGGUACGUCACUACAUAGCUGUAUGUUGAUUGGUUGGGUAGGUUCCAACCGUCAGUGUAGGAGUGAACGGCCGUUCCCGGCUGCGCUAGGGCUGGCGGGGCGCGCAGGGUUGGCGCUAGGGAGGCGGGAAAGGAGACCGCGGGACUGCCCUUCCGUAGCCGGCCGUUGUGAGCUGGUAACGGCGCCUGAGCCGACCCUAUGUCUGGCAAGGGCAAGCCCUUGUCUAGCUGCAGCUGCCCGGAGCUGGCCGUGGGGCAGCGAGGCGGCCGAGGUGCUACAGCCCGACUGCCCCAGGAGGUGUCUGAGGAGCAAGGAAGGGGCCGCAGGGCUAACCCCAGACUGGGGGACCCUGCCAUUGUCAAGUCCCCCAGUGACCCCAAGCAGUACAGGUAUCUCACAUUACAAAAUGGCUUGUGUGCACUACUGAUUUCGGAUGCAAAUACCAUGGAUAGUGUUCCUUCUGAGGAGUCUUUGGAAUGGGAGGAUAAUGAUGAAAUCAAGAUUGAAACUGAUGAAGAUGAUGACUCGGUAGCAGAGAUGGAAGAGGACAAGGAAAAUUAUGAAGAUGAUGACAAUGAUGGAGAUGAUGCUGAGGAGGAUCCCAAUAAUUCUGAUGAUAUGGAAAUGGAAGAACUAACAGGAAAGGAAGAAGCAAAUAAGAGAAGUGGAACAGAGAAGCUGUCUGCAGCUGCUCUUUGUGUUGCUGUUGGCAGUUUCUGUGAUCCUGAGGAUCUGCCUGGGUUGGCACAUUUUCUGGAGCACAUGGUAUUUAUGGGCAGUUUGAAGUAUCCAGAUGAGAAUGGGUUUGAUGCAUUCCUGAAGAAACAUGGGGGCAGUGACAACGCUUCAACUGACUGUGAAAGGACAGUCUUCCAUUUUGAUAUCCAGCAGAAAUACUUCAAAGAAGCACUCGAUAGGUGGGCACAGUUCUUCAUUCACCCACUAAUGAUCAGGGAUGCUAUUGAUCGUGAAGUUGAGGCUGUUGAUAGUGAGUAUCAACUAGCAAGGCCGUCUGAUGCAAACAGGAGGGAGCUGCUACUUGGAAGCCUUGCCAGACCUGGGCAUCCCAUGAAAAAGUUUUUCUGGGGUAAUGCAGAGACACUAAAGCAUGAACCUAAAAAGAGUAAUACAGAUAUCUACACCAGACUGAGGGAUUUUUGGCAGCACUAUUACUCUGCUCACUAUAUGAACUUAGUUGUCCAGUCUAAAGAAACUUUGGAUACUUUGGAGAAGUGGGUGAAGGAACUCUUUUCACAGAUUCCAAAUAAUGGUUUAUCCAAACCGAACUUUGGCCAUCUGACACAGCCUUUUGACACACCUGAAUUUUACAAACUUUACAGAGUUGUUCCAAUCAGAAAUGUUCAUUCACUGAGCAUUGCCUGGGGACUACCACCACAGGAGAGACAUUACAGGGUGAAGCCACUUCACUAUAUCUCUUGGCUGGUAGGACAUGAAGGCAAAGGCAGUGUUCUUUCCUUUCUUCGGAAAAAAUUUUGGGCUCUUGCGUUAUAUGGGGGAAAUGGUGAGACAGGAUUUGAACAGAACUCCACCUACUCUAUAUUCAGCAUUUCUGUGACAUUGACUGAUGAAGGUUACAAGCACUUCUAUGAGGUUGCGCAUGUUGUGUUCCAGUAUCUGAAAAUGUUGCAGAAAAGAGGGCCAGAUAAAAGAAUUUGGGAAGAGAUUCAGAAGAUUGAAGCUAAUGAAUUUUAUUUCCAGGACCAGGCUGAUCCAAUUGAUUAUGUUGAAAGUCUUUGUGAGAACAUACAUAUCUUUUGUAAGGAGGACUUUUUGACAGGCGAUCAGCUUCUGCUUGAAUACAAGCCUGAAAUCAUCGCUGAUGUCCUUAACCAGCUCUGCCCUCUGAGAGCAAACCUAGUUCUGUUGUCUGCUGCCAGUGAAAGAGAAUGUCAUCUAAAGGAGAGAUGGUUUGGAACACAGUACAGUGUGGAGGAUAUUGACAAAUAUUGGAGUGAUUUAUGGGCCAGUGACUUUCAGUUAAACCAGGACUUGCACUUUCCUGAAGAAAACAAAUAUAUAGCCACUGACUUCGCUCUGAAGGCAUCUGAUUGCCCUGACACGGAGUACCCAGUCAAAAUUCUGAGUACACAACACGGCUGUGUGUGGUACAAGAAGGACAAUAAAUUCAAAAUCCCCAAAGCUUACGUAUGUUUCCAUCUGAUCUCCCCACUGAUACAGCAGUCUGCAAAGAGUAUGGUACUUUUUGAGACUUUUGUAAAUAUCCUUUCUCACAACCUUGCUGAACCGGCAUACGAAGCCAAUGUUGCUCAGUUGGAAUAUAAACUGGUGUCUGGAGAGCAUGGUUUGAUCAUUCAAGUGAAAGGAUUCAAUCAUAAACUACCUCUGCUCUUUCAGCUCAUCAUUGACCACUUGUCUGACUUCAGUUUUACUCCAGCGGUUUUUGAGAUGAUAACAGAGCAGCUAAAAAAGACUUACUUUAAUAUUCUGAUCAAGCCAGAGAUGCUGGCCAAAGAUGUGCAUUCUUUAAUUUUGGAGCAUGGCAAGUGGUCUAUGAUAGAUAGAUACAGGAGAUUAAUGAAGGGCCUUUACACUGAGUCCCUCUCAUCCUUUGUUAAGGGCUUCAAAUCACAUCUAUAUGUGGAGGGGCUAGUGCAAGGAAACGUCACAAGCAGAGAAUCAAAGGAUUUUCUGAAUUAUGUUGUUCUAAAACUGCAGUUCUUUCCCUUGCCACACCCAUGUCCUGUUCAAUUUCGAGUGGUAGACCUGCCAAACACACACCUACUCUGCAAGGUGAAAACCCUUAACAGAGGUGAUGCCAACUCUGAAGUGACAGUCUAUUAUCAGUCUGGGGCUAGGAGUUUAAGAGAAUACACCCUUAUGGAGCUGCUUGUGAUGCACAUGGAGGAGCCUUGCUUCAACUUCCUACGAACCAAGCAAACCCUUGGCUACCAUGUGUACCCUAAAUGUAGAAAUACAUCUGGGAUUCUUGGGUUCUCUGUUACCGUAACCACACAAGCAACCAAGAACAACUCUGAAUUAGUUGACAAGAAAAUAGAAGAAUUUCUUUUGUACUUUGAGGGGAAAAUGAGGCUUCUAACUGAAAAAGCAUUCAGGACUCAGGUCAGUGCUCUAAUACAUAUUAAAAAAUGUGAAGAUUCCUAUCUUGGAGAAGAGGUGGAUAGAAAUUGGAAUGAAGUAAUGUCUCAGCAGUAUCUUUUUGACAGACUUGCCUAUGAGGUUGAAGCACUACAAUCACUAACUAAAUCAGACCUUGUUGACUGGUUCCAAGCUCAUAGAGGCAAAGAGAGGAAAGCACUCAGUAUACAUGUGGUUGGAUUUGGUAAACAAGAAGGCGACUCAGAUGUUCAGCAGUCCUUACCUGGUGAAAUAUAUCAACUCACAUUCUUACCCCCUUCCUCCUAUAUGAAGAAUACCUCUUACAUCAGGGACAUUAGAAAUUUCACAUUAAUGCGUAACUUCCUCCCUUACCACAAGAUAUUAAAAUAAAUUAUAGUUGUUUUCCCCUGCAUUUAAGUGUAGUUUAAGUAAUUUUCAGUUUGAGAACACUACGAAUCAUUUAGCCUCACUAAAUGAAUUUGUAUUUUCAGCAGUGGUAGAUGAGUUCUUCCCUUAUUUUAAUGAAGAUUUGCAGCAUUGCACAUCCACUUUGCUCUCCCACUCCUCCUCUGAAAUCUGAAACAAAUUUAUUUUUAACAGUUGUUAAUAGAAAGUAUAACUCCUGUCCCCAUUCUUAACAUGCUUCAAGUAAU